CGUUGUGCGCAUGCGCCGCCCGCGCCCGCCCCCGCCCUGGGCUUUGUUCGGGGUUGGGCGCCAUUUUGCGCGGCGGCUGAGUGAGGCGCUGAUUGGGUUUCGGGGGCCCGCGGCGGAGCCAAUCAGCGCGGGGCCCGAACCGGGGGAGCGAGGCACGAUACACAGGCUGAGGUGCGCCUUCCACCGUGCUGGAGCUGACCCGCUAUGGAGCAGUACACAGCAAACAGUAACAGCUCCACAGAGCAGAUCGUUGUGCAGGCUGGACAGAUUCAGCAGCAGCAGCAGGGUGGUGUCACUGCUGUCCAGCUGCAGACUGAGGCCCAAGUGGCAUCCGCCUCAGGCCAGCAAGUCCAGACCCUCCAGGUAGUCCAGGGUCAACCCCUGAUGGUACAAGUAAGCGGAGGCCAGCUGAUCACAUCAACGGGCCAGCCUAUCAUGGUGCAGGCCGUGCCAGGGGGUCAGGGCCAGACGAUCAUGCAAGUCCCUGUUUCUGGAACACAGGGGCUGCAGCAGAUUCAGUUGGUCCAGCCAGGUCAGAUUCAGAUUCAAGGUGGGCAGGCUGUGCAGGUACAGGGGCAGCAGGGCCAGACCCAGCAGAUCAUUAUACAGCAGCCACAGACUGCAGUUACUGCUGGCCAGACACAGACCCAGCAACAAAUAGCAGUGCAAGGACAACAGGUAGCACAAGCAGCUGAAGGCCAGACCAUAGUCUAUCAGCCAGUUAAUGCUGAUGGAACCAUUCUCCAACAAGUGACAGUCCCUGUUACAGGCAUGAUCACCAUUCCAGCAGCCAGUUUGGCUGGAGCACAGAUUGUCCAAACGGGAGCCAACACCAACACAACCAGUAGUGGACAAGGGACUGUCACAGUAACGCUGCCGGUUGCUGGAAAUGUUGUCAAUUCAGGUGGAAUGGUUAUGAUGGUACCUGGAGCUGGCUCAGUACCAGCUAUCCAGAGAAUACCUUUGCCUGGGGCAGAAAUGCUGGAAGAAGAGCCCCUCUAUGUAAACGCCAAGCAGUAUCACCGGAUCCUGAAGAGGAGGCAGGCACGUGCUAAGCUUGAAGCCGAGGGAAAAAUUCCCAAAGAAAGAAGGAAAUACUUGCACGAAUCUCGGCAUCGUCAUGCCAUGGCCAGGAAGCGGGGAGAAGGUGGACGUUUCUUCUCACCAAAGGAAAAAGACAGCCCUCAUAUGCAGGAUCCAACUCAGACCAAUGAAGAAGCAAUGACACAGAUGAUCAGAGUGUCCUAACUGCUGCUUAAAGAAAAAAUAUAACUGAGUAGGAUUCCUGUCCCCUCUGCAAGUCUCUCCUCUCUUUCCAGUGUAUCAAGCAAGUCUUUCAAUGGGACAUUCACCAUAUCACAGCCCAUCGUUUUCUACAGAACAAGCACCACGUUGUCAGUAUGUGGGUUGGGAUUUUAACUGCAGUUCACUCAACAGAAAAAAAACACUCAAACUUACUGACUUUCUUGGUAUACUCUUCUGAUCCAGCACAGGGAUUUCAGAGGCUGAGCAGUGCUCAUGCCUUUGUUUCCUUCUUUUAAACAUCUCUUGCAUUAAGAUUGGCCAUAGGUGAGAGUGUGCUGCUGACUCGGUGAUCAGCAAUAACUCUGGCAUGCUGAAGCAGGGGCAACAAAGACUUCUUGGAGUUAUGGCCCUUCUGUACAGAGACUUCAUCCAGCUUCUAGCAACCAGCACCAAUGUGGCUACACCACACAAAACUACUUUGUUUUCCUGCAGAAACUUGUUAUUUACAUCCACUCCUUACACCUUUGGACUUCACUGUCAACUGGACUGUUCCCUGUUGUUGCGUCUGCACUUCUGAACUGGCAGAAACUGAAGGGGCAUUCUUUUAAGUUCACCUUGUAAAAUAUGUAAAAAGCAAACUCUUCUCUGGGAAGAGUUCAGCAAUCUAAUCACCAUGAUAGAAAUAUUUCAUGAUCCCUGCAGGACUUGAUAUAUUGUGUAUCUGUUCCAAGAAGUAAGAUGGGAGAGGGUGAUGCGGGGAUAAGGAUUUAAUUGGUAACAGCAGUCUCUGGGUGGUUUUUGGUAUGUUUAUUGCCAGUAGUUGUUGCUUGGAAGAGAAGUGGGUGCUAGUAUAGAAAGGUUUAAAACUUUUAAGUGAGUCUCUUCCAAAGGAUUCCUUCUAACCUGCCCAUCCAGUGCGUGGUUCCUCCAAAAGACAUAAAAUGUGUGAUAGCACUUGACCAUCUUUGUGAUGGUGUUUCUUGAUGUCUGUUCUAAAUCAGUUCUACAGUUCUCUCAUUCUACAAGGAGUGAGGGAUUUUAUGGCAGCAGAAGCGUCGGGCGACCUAACUCGGCUCAUCCUGGUGUAACUGAGGAGCUGUUAAACACAGGAAGGCAGAUAUUGAUGAGCCUUUAGGCUUUUGAUAGACUGCCCUCUUUAAAUAAAAAACAAAGUGGC